AGGCCGGGAGGGGAGAGGCCGCGAGGGGAAACGCCAGGAGGGGAGACGCCGGGAGGGCCCCGGGGCCCCGGGGAGCUGUCCCUGCCCUGCCGUGUCCCCACAGGCCUCCACCCGCGUCACCUCCCGCCGUCCUGACGCUGAACCACUGAUGAACCGGGAAGCAGAGGGUCCCAUCCCAUCCCUGGGCCAACAGAGUAACCGUUUGACAAGGAGGACGCAUCAUCCAUGGCCCUGGUCUCUGGCCAGUGAGGAGCCGCGGGGUCCGUGGGAGAGGACCCUCCUCUGGCUUCGCCCUCCUGCGGCCGGUGCUCUCGGGCUCCCCUCCGGCCCCCCGCGGGACCCGGACCCCAGGGUGGGGGAAGCGGCGGUCAAGGGCCGGCCUGGUCAGGGGAGUCCAGCGUCCCAAACAGACGGGAGCCUGGACAGGGCUGGCUGCAUUUCUCAACUCGGGGUUCGCUCCUCUCCCUGGAAAGGGGCCGUUACCCGCACUGAGGGACCCUCGGGAAGAGCCGGGGCCCGUCCUGUGAACUCCGCGUCCCGGGGGCGCUGUCUCCCCACAGUGCUGGCCCUGCUGCCUGUCCCCGGCGCGUCCCCUGGCUCGUCGGCGCGUCGUGGCUCCAGGGGCCAGGAUGCGGCUCCAUCCUCCUGUCCCGAGGUCAGCGGCCCCUCUGGGACCCCUCAGCGAGCACCUGUGCUGGCUCGGGCCGGCGGGGGCCGUGGACGCUGGUGGGCAGCCAUGCGCGGGCAGGGGUCCCGGAGGGGGGGAGGCGGCACUGCAGAGCUCUGGGGGUCCUUGGGGUUGCUGCGGGGCCUGACCCACCCAGGUGGCCUGGGGUCCCACCAGGCAGCGCCCGCUAGCGCCCGGGAGGCAGGCCCUGAGGGGACCCGGCUUCUGUGUAAACCGCAGUUCCCAAACUCAGUGACCAGGCAGCGCGUCCUUCAGUGUGGGACGGGGAGCAGCAUUCGGGGGAGGCUCGGGCUCGGCCUUGGGCCCCGGCCGCCCUGGGCCCCUCAGUUUCCUCCUCAGUGACGGAGGGGCUGGGGCGAUGGCCCGACCAAGCACCCGGCCUCAAGCACCGCAGGAACCAAGGGCCACGUCAACCUGAAGGGAACGUGCAUCUCCACAACCCUGUGCCUGGCCACGCGGUGACAGGGACACCGUUCGGGGGUUCGAAGGGGCCCCACUUCAGAAGUGAGCCCCGGGAAGGCUGGCUGCUCCGGCCCUGACACACGUCGAGACACCGAGCGCGUUAGUGCUCCACAUGCUGCCAGGGGAGGCGGAGGGCUCUGCUCGGGGACGGCACCGUGCCCACCGCGCGGCUGUGAGGAAGCCCAGGCAGGCUCCUUGGACGCCCUCCUCGGCUCCGCACGGCUCUGACCACAGGCUGUCCGCCCUCUACUUGAUUACCCCGGGUGGUGGGGAGAUCACUGCCUUUCCCAACCCGAGAACAGCAUGGCUCUGCGGUCGGAUGAGCAAAGGAUUGAACCCAAACACCGAGGCUGAAACUGUGCUGCGUGCACUCAGCCCCUGCACCUCGGUUUCCUCCACUGGAGGAGGCACUCGCCCCGCAGCCCCGGAGCAGCCCUUGGGCAGCAGGAAUUGUGCUGGGGUCAGCAGUGACCGCCCUUCCAAGCCUCCCUAAGGAAGCAGUUCUGCCCCUGGGCCCUCACAGACGGCAGCCACGGCCCCUCCAGAGCCCUCGGGAGCCCCAGCCGCCCCUCAGGUUUCUGCUUUCCGCAUGAACGUUCUGGUUCUCCUCGACUGAUCAUCUUGGGACAAAUUCUAUGCUCCCCUCUCUCCUCUGCUCACCCGUAGAUGUUGUGCCCCUUUGGUCCAAGCACAUGUUUAAAGAAUCGAAUUCCUAAGGAGGCAGUUAGGGCUGUAAAGGGCCUUGGAGGUGAUCACAUGACGGGCCCGAGGUCACACGGCUGGACGCGGCCCGGCCCCGAGUCACAGCUGGAUACAGCCUGACCCUGAGUCACGGCUGGUCAUGGCCUCUGAGGCACGGCUGGACGCGGCCCAACCCGAGUCACGUCUGGACACGGCCCCUUGCUUCGGCCCCGUCGUUUGUCCCUCUGUCCCCGUAUGAUCCAGCACUGCCCCUUCCGCCCUCCACCUUCUCCGGGAGACGCUGGGGUGAUUCGUCAGCAGCGUUGUCCCACCUCAGACUCCCCAGGGAGGCCAGGAAGGAGAGCGCCCAGGGUCAGGGCAGGGGCGGUGGGAAGGAGCUCACCCAGUGGAGCUCGGGGCCCACGGCCGAAGGGGCACUGGGUCCUGCUGAACCGGGACGGCCACCGGGCUCCGUGCGGGUGACAGCCCCUCCUCUCCGAGACCCUCUGCUGGGUGGACGCCCAGCACUCUGCCCCCGUCACUGCCGAGGGACUGAGCGUCCUCGGGCCGGACCCUGAUGAAGUCGGAGGCCCGUCCUGGGAUUCCAGGAGCUCGUGAUCUAACUUCUGCUCAUCUUGCUCCCCGAGACUAGACAACAGCUUCACUCGCUCAGACGGGGCUCCUCCAAGUGGUGAUUAGAGCAGAGCUACGGGACACACGUCUUCCUGCAGGUCUCUACACUACAGCAGGAGAGCCAGAGGAAGAAAUGAUCACCCAUUGUUUAAAAACACAGAAAGAAGUAAUUGCCUAUGUAUGUAUUUAUAUGUGUGUAUACACAUGUACACGUGUGGGCCUGUGCAUGUCUGUAAAUACAUAUGAGUGUAUUACAUGUCUUAAUAGAUAAUACAUGUUUUUGUUUACAUCAUCAUGAAAAUUAUAUAAAUAUAAUGACCAAUAUAUUAUGUACAUUAGGAAGUAAUUGCACCACAGGUGCCCUUUGUUCUUUCAGGACCGGUCUAGAGGAACGAAAUCUUUAAGAGUAGAAGCCAAACCUAAGCCAGGCCUGGCCACACCUUUGAGAUUAUCUCAGGGACCUGCUGGGUGAGAGCCUGAGGCUCCUUCUUAGAGAUCAUUCAAGAUGCACUUUGGUGAUUUUUUCCCUAGAAUUGUGAUGAUUUAAGAGUGCUUCAUUUAAAUGAAUGGCCAUCAUAAUGUUCAUCUGGAGGUUUUUUUCUUUUUUUAAAGUCUGGUUUUUAAAUACAUUAUUUGGUUGGUGUCUCUGCAAAAACUUCCUGUGCUCUGUGGUGUGGGGACCCCAGGCCCCGGCGUGUGGGGGUCCCCUGCAGCCACCGGAGACAGGGAAGGCCGCCGUCUGCUCAUGGCAACUCACGUUUCCUGGCCCUUCC